AUGGUGUUGUCUAUUGACGUGUCAUACUUUGUGGCUUGCUCUCGAAUUUUUCGUGGUCAGAGCCCGCCCGCGGCCACGAGCAGGCUCUUUGGGAGCAGAAUCAAUGCCGAGGAUGACAUUAUGCCCAAAGUGACCUCUGAGAGCGCGAGCGGUCAUUUGUACUACAUUGAUUGA